CCGGUCUUUUGUUAUUGCUCUUCUCAAACCCAGGAUUAUCAGGGAACUUUAUAUCAGGAUUGGCAUUUGAUUCUACUUUGUGCAAGGGAGUUGAAUAGAAAUCGCCGGAGAUGGACGUUGUCGCCUCGGUCUCCGGAUACAUAUCCAAGAUGGUGUCCGCAGGCGACUCAUCAACGCCCGGUUCCUCUGCUGCUAAAAUGAAGAUAUUAUUGCUUGAUAGUGAGACCGUACACAUUGUAUCCAGCGCCACGACCCAAUCCGCCCUCCUUAACAAUGAAGUCUAUUUGAUCGAUCGCCUUGACAAUCAGUCGCGGGAGAAGAUGCGACAUCUCAAAUGCUUAUGCUUUGUCAGACCGUCUCCGGACUCGAUCCAGUAUCUUAUUGAUGAAUUGCGAGAGCCAAAGUACAGCGAGUACUAUAUCUACUUCAGCAACAUCGUUCGCAAGUCCUCUCUCGAAAGACUUGCGGAGGCAGACGACCACGAGGUUGUAAAAGCGGUCCAAGAAUAUUUUGCAGAUUUUUUGGUGAUCAACCCGGAUCUCUGCUCUUUGAAUAUCGGCUUCCCGAAGCAGAGGAUAUGGAGCCAUACCCCUGACAUGUGGAAUUCAGAUGCGCUGCAAAGAACAACAGAGGGCGUGAUCGCGCUAUUGUUGUCGCUUAAGCUGAAGCCUCUGCUUCGAUAUGAGAAGAAUAGCUUAAUUGCCAAAAAGCUUGCUACAGAAAUUCGAUACCAGCUCACCCAGGAAGAGCAACUCUUUAAUUUCAGAAAGUCCGACACACCUCCAAUCCUACUUGUAUUAGAUCGCAGAGACGACCCCAUCACACCUCUUUUGAACCAAUGGACAUAUCAAGCGAUGGUACAUGAACUGCUCGGUAUUAAUAACGGGAGGGUCGACUUAAGCGAGGUCCCAGAUAUUCGUCCAGAACUCAAGGAAAUUGUUGUGUCUCAAGACCAAGACCCAUUUUUCAAGAAGAAUAUGUACCUAAACUUUGGUGACCUUGGUGGAAGCAUCAAAGAUUAUGUUGAGCAAUAUCAGUCGAAAACGAAAAACAAUAUGAGUAUUGAGUCUAUUGCCGACAUGAAGCGCUUCGUCGAAGAAUACCCGGAAUUCCGGAAGUUGUCUGGGAAUGUUAGCAAGCAUGUCACACUUGUUGGAGAGCUGAGCAGGAAAGUCGGAGAACAUAAUCUGCUUGAUGUCAGCGAAUUGGAACAAAGUCUUGCAUGCAAUGAUAAUCAUUCCAAUGAUCUCAAGGCUCUCCAAAGACUCAUCCAAUCUCCGUCAGUUACAGUAGAUAAUAAGCUGCGUUUAGUCGCCCUCUAUGCCAUCCGAUAUGAGAAGCAGCCAUCGAAUGCUUUACCGGUACUCAUUGAUCUGCUCACUGCCGCCGGAGACGUCCCUCCUCACAGGAUCAAUAUUAUUCCAAAACUUCUAGCAUAUCACCACUCGCUUCAAGCUCCUCCGGUUGCGGGAGGAUUUUCAGAUCUAUUCGAAUCCGCUUCCUUCUUGACUGGGGCUCGUGAUCGCUUCAAGGGCCUGAAAGGCGUCGAGAAUGUAUAUACGCAGCAUUCUCCGCGGUUGGAAGCCACUCUACAAAACCUCAUUAAAGGACGGCUGAAAGAGCUGCAGUAUCCCUUCCUUGAAGGUGGCGGCCACACUCGGGACAAGCCACAGGACAUUGUCAUCUUCAUGGUCGGUGGAACAACCUAUGAAGAGGCCAAGAUGGUAGCCCAAGUGAAUGCGAGCACACCCGGUGUUCGAGUCGUCCUCGCCGGGACAUGCAUUCACAACAGUACGACAUUCUUAGAAGAGGUUGACGAUGCCGUAGGGAAUUGGCCGGAGCCGGCUCCUGCCACGGCAGCGGGGAGGUUACGAAGAGAAGUGAACCGAUAGUUACCCUCAAGCUAAGGUUGCCAAUGGGCUUUUUAGGCUAUUAGGAUUUCUCGGUGCAUGCAUGCGUUACUUUUUCCAGGGAGUUUUAUGUCAAUAUUUGUA